AUGGUCUCACUUUUGUUCCUACUCUUCCAGUUUUUAAGCUUCUCUGUUCAAGCUCAAAGUGGAGAGUGGGAGACACCACCAACAAGAACAACAGAGUUCAUUUUCAAAGGUUUUAGGGAAAACAACUCGGAGAUUCAAACAGAAGGAGCAGCGGCCAUCGAACCCGAUGGACUACUGAGACUCACCGAUGAAAACUUAGACGUCACUGGAACAGCGUUCUACCGCAAACCGGUGAGACUGCUUGACCAUAGCAACAACCUCAAUUACUCAACAACCAAGGAAGCAGAAGUUUGUUCGUUUAGCACUUCUUUCGUCUUCACUUUUGUCCCUUCCAACUCUAGCAACGGAGGAGGUUUCGGCUUCACCUUCACACUAUCUCCCACCCCAAACCGUCCAGGCGCCGCUUCUGGCCAAUACUUUGGACUUCUCAACGAGACCAACGACGGGAAUCCCAUGAAUCACGUUUUCGCAGUCGAGUUCGAUACUCAUGCAACAGGCAAUCACAUCGGUCUGAGUUUCAACAGCGUCACCUCGGAUGUCCAGAUCCCGGUAGCUUAUACAACUGACGAUGAUGUAAAAGACGGUUUCGAACUCGAACCAAUCAUCGUCCGGUUGGAUUACAACGGACAAAACCAAGUGCUGAAUUUGAUUGUUUCUUUUGCCAAACUCCCAAUCACCCCAUCAACCCCAUCCAUCUCCCAUAUUGUUCCAAAACUGUCAGAGAUCGUGCAAGAAGAAAUGUAUGUUGGAUUCACCGCAGCCACGGGAAAAUAUAGGUCGAGUGCUCAUUAUUUGAUGGGUUGGAGUUUCAGAAGCUGUCGAGAUGGUUUAACUGCAGACAUGCUAGUUUUACAGGAACUUCCUCUUUGGCAGCAGCUCAAUAUGGGAAAUAAGAAUAAAGAUGAUCAAUCCAUGGUCACAAAGAUUCUCAUAGCGGCGAGUGUGAUAGUAAGUACUCUCGUGGUGUUGGGGGUCGUAGCAUUUUUUAUCAGAAAGAGGAAAACAUCAAAUGCUCAGAGAAGAAAAAACCUCAAGGCUCUUACCCCAUUGAAGCAUUAUCAUUACAAAGAAGUGAAGAGGUUUACAAACUCGUUUGCUUGUGUAGUUGGGAAAGGAGGAUUUGGAACUGUUUACAACGGAAACCUUCCCGAUGGCCGUAAUGUCGCGGUGAAGGUUUUAAAGGACUCAAAGAGCAACGGUGAAGACUUCAUCAACGAAGUCGCCAGUAUGAGUCAAACAUCUCAUGUCAACAUUGUUUCUUUGGUUGGAUUCUGCUACGAAGGAUCAAAAAGAAUGAUUGUUUACGAAUUUCUAGAGAAUGGGUCUUUGGAUCAAUUUAUCUCCACAAGCGCCUCAUCAGUUGCUGAAUGGAGAAGAAGGCUUUACGAGAUUUUACUCGGAGUUGCUCGCGGUCUUGAGUACUUGCACUACGGCUGCAAAACAAGGAUUGUGCAUUUCGACAUUAAACCGCAGAACGUGUUGUUGGAUUGCAAUCUUUGCCCCAAAGUUUCUGAUUUUGGCCUCGCUAAGCUCUGCGAGAAGAAAGAGAGCAUCAUGUCACUGUUGGACACGAGAGGCACAAUAGGGUACAUUGCGCCGGAGAUGAUCUCCAGAGUUUAUGGUGGCGUGUCUCACAAGUCAGAUGUCUAUAGCUAUGGAAUGUUGGUACUCGAGAUGAUUGGUGCAACAGACAAAGACACUGUCGAAAACACUACGUCAAACACUACUAGCUCGGUUUAUUUCCCAGAUGGGAUUUAUAAUGAUCUUGAAAACGAACAAGAGAGUAGGCUUUAUGGGGAUGACCUAACCAAAGAAGAAGAAGAAAUCACGAAGAAGAUGAUCUUGGUGGCUCUGUGGUGUAUCCAGUCUUAUCCUUCAAAUAGACCAUCCAUGAACAGAGUUGUAGAGAUGAUGGAAGGAAGUUUGGAUGCUCUUGAAGUCCCUCCUAGGCCUGUUUUUCAAGCUCCCAUUGCGCCUCUUCAAGAAUGUUCGACACUUUCAGGGGAUGUUUCGGUUUACAUAGUAAAAUGAUCCAAGAAGCCUCCUGGGAACCAAAGUAACUAACUAUAAAUUAUUCA